AUGCUUGAGCCCAGGGAGGAUUACACUUCCAUGCUUGCGCUGACCCCACAGCAUGUGGCGGAGGAGAUGAAGGUGAUUUCUUUGUUGCGGCAGGAGCUUCGUAACACCCACGUGAAUUACGACGAAAAUCCUGUGGCGGAGCCGCCUUUCGAGCCGGCCCACCGCACGGUGGAUGCAAAGUCUUUACGUACCCUGAAGUGUACCAGUUAUCCCUUUAUUGUCUGCGAGGAGGCACCCACAUCGUAUCAGGCUCCUAUCCCUUACCAGUUGGAAAGUGUUAUUGAGCGAUUACGCGAGGAAUUCCGGAGUUUGGAGGAAAAUUUGAAAAAUGCGGAGGCGCUACGACGUGAAUUCACCGGGCGACAGCGUUCCACAUCACCCUCUCAUGGCAGCCACAGCCGGGAUGGUUCCAGGAGGCACCCAAAAGAGCAGGGGAAUCAAACACGGAAGGAAGAUGCACUGCAACUCUUUCUUGAGGUCGUGGGGAGAGAUGCCCGCUUUGCUAAUCUAUCGAAGGAAGUUUCCAUGGUGCGUUGGUACACACGAUGGGUCUCCUCCCAUUCUUUCAUUUGCCUGGAGGAGGCAUUAGAACAAGUCGAGUAUGUACUAUCUGAAGGUGGGCUAACCACAGAGGCGGACUUGGUGGAAGCUAUGCAACAAUUCUCUUUUGUUGAAGCCGUAAGCACACUUGAAAAUGAUCGUCGUGAUGUGGUAGAAGCCGAGAGACAUCGAAUGCAUUCUCAUAGUCGAACAUUUCGAGAACAUGUUUCUCCCCUUGCUAUUACCGCUGCGACCAGUUCUUUUCUUACGCCGGAGGAAAAGUAUUGGUAUCAGGAAUGUUACAAUCAAACAGAGCAUGUUAUGACGAUGCUACAUCAUGUCUUACACGUGCAAUUUACGUCCAAAGGCCGGGAUCCAUCGCUUGUAUCCUUGGGAAAGUUCUGUCCAAUAAAUCUUGAAGUAGGUUCCAACCUCAUUUCGAUGAAGGAGACGACAUCAGUUGGGGAGGAAUCUCAAAUUUUAUCCGAUGCCGCCAUGAGGGCGUUGCGUCAGGAACGUGAUGUCAUUACAAAUCUUCUUCAAAAAAUACAAGAUCGACAGGAAAACGGUGUCAUGUUAGGCCCGACACGUGAUCAGUACCGAAAUAGUCUUUUGGCAGCAAUGGUGGUAUAUAAAUGCUUGGUUGAUGAUAUGGUCAUGCUUAGAUCGCAGAAACGUCUAGCGGCGGAGUUUCUUGCUGAAUAUGAUGAUUGGAUUUUGCAUCUUUGUGGCACAAACGAUCAAGCGGUGAUAAGGCGUCUGGGAAUUACUCCAAGUGGGGGAUCACCGCCCAUGCCAUUAAUGGGCCGUAAUACACUGCGGGGUAAUUCGAAAUCUCAUUCACGUGAACGUGAAAUUUCUGCUCCGUUAUUUUGUUAUUCCCCAAUUGGGCAACUCCCUCGUCAUGUUGAGGAGGUGUGCGAGUCCCUUAUGUCUCUUUUGAAGCUGUCUAGACGAUCUUCUGGUACGGAUAACUCCACUGGAGUUCGUGAGACUGUCUACCGGCGUUGGAUGUGUCUGUCGCUUCGCUACACAUGUAUGCAGAUUGUGCGUGGGAGAUGGCCCGGUGAUCUCCUUUUGGAUUGCAUGGAUGACAUCGCAAACAAUCUGAUCCGACUUGUGUCGGAAUACAACUCCAAUCCCGGCGCCGUGCAGUCUCACCUGACGGAACUAAAUGCUGUUCUCAGAUGCUUUCUCGGCCUUGUAGCGGACGGGGCGGCGAGGCGACAGUCGCAGCGGGAGUUUCCUGGAAUAAACAACGGCACCGCCUCAUCCCUGGCUUUGGCUUCGGCUACUGCUCCUACUGGUGCCACGUCUGUUGCGAGGCGCAGUUUUGAUGUCUCUGUUGCCUUCUCCCUCGACAGGGAUAUCUCCUCGAUGGAGAGGGCUGCAAAUAUAAGUGACGAAGACGAAGACGUAUGGGGUGCUAUUUUUGAUGCGCUUUGGUUUCAAGCUGACCCGACAGGUCGUGCACAUGGUGGAUUUCUUUCCUGCAAGGAUUUUGGUAUGGAUGUCGAAAAGCCUUUUGUUUUUCUUCGUCUGGGCUCUAUCACACUCCCGGACCGGCUGCCUAAAACCGCAGAAGGACGACGAAGGUUUCCCAAAGUAUACAUGAGCCUUCAUUAUGUCAUUCAUACUGCAGACAUGUCACCGGCUCGCUCUUUGGCUGAAGUGGCGGAAGGUGAUGCGACAUUGAUGGCAUCUACUUCUGUCGUGACGCGUUACGGCUACAUGCGACGCAUGUUGUACAUCUUUUCCAUUUUGGAGCAGCGACAGCUACUACAGGAUUACGCUUGUCGUGUUGAAGAGGUUGAAUUGGUGCCAAUUGAAAACGCGGUGUUUUUUUCGCGUAAAAUAGAUAAAAAAAUAAUAACUACAAGAUUGUUUUAUUCUGCUCUUCCUCCACCUAGAAAUGGCGAUGACGCAUCAACAGGAGAAAAGUAUGCGACAGUUGUAGGGCUUAUACCACCCGCCGCUGUGCACCUCAUGCGGUACAACGCCAUUCCCACAGGCACUGAAUACCCUGUUUCCCGUAGCAAGAGAUCCACACUCACCACACUUAAUCUACUGCUUGGGAACAUGCUGAAGAAGAUUGCCUUGUGCCGGUCGCCCUUCCUGGAUAAGAUGUACAACAUGGGGGACACAUUAUGCGAGCUGGGAGUAGGCGCAGCCGAAGAGAAGGAGAACGAUGAUGGGAGCCAGGGAAAAACGCUUCUUUUGCCCAUAUUGCGAGCCUUCGAUGAAUAUAUCUCCAGCCCGGUGUUUGAGAAGUCGGUGAAAGAGGCAGACGAAGAGAUGCGGCAACAGAGUGCCCAACACGUUAACUUCUACCGCCGCCCGUAUUAG